AUGGCGACUCGGCCGGAGCAUCUGGCUCCGCCGGAGAUUUAUUACAAUAGCGAAGAAGCUCGCCGGUACACCGUAAAUACGCAUAUCCGAGACAUCCAGGUCGAGAUGAGCCAGCGGGCCACCGAGAUGCUGUUGCUGCCGGAGGAUGAAUGCUGUCUCGUGCUGGAUAUCGGAUGCGGCAGCGGUCUGAGCGGCUCGGUGCUCAACGACCACAACAAUUUCUGGAUAGGCAUAGACAUCAGCGCUUUCAUGCUGGAGGAGGCUGUGCGGAACGAGUGCGACAAGGAAGGCGAUAUGAUCCUUGGCGACAUCGGCGAACCAAUGAACUUCAAGCCCCAAAGCUUCGACGGGGCCAUCAGCAUCAGUGCGCUGCAGUGGCUCUGCGUCGCCAACAAGAGCUCGCACGACCCCUACAAACGCCUCUUGACAUUCUUCAAGUGGUUAUAUCGCAGCCUAAACUAUGGUGCCCGCGCAGCCAUCCAGUUUUACCCGGAGAACGCGGAGCAGAUUGAGAUGAUCACCUCCGCUGCCACGCGCUGCAACUUCGGCGGCGGGCUUGUUGUUGACUUCCCCGAGUCCACGAAGGCGAAGAAGUAUUACCUGUGCAUAUGGGCAGGCAUGACGGGAAUACCGCAGAAAAUGCCGCAGGCAUUAAUGGACGUGGAGUCGGAUGAGGAAGAGACGGUUAAGACAGGCGGCGGAAUGCCGAAGCGGAAUAAAAGGCAGAAAAAGCAAGAGAGUCUACGUCAGCGCAUCAUCAACAAGAAACAGCAGCAACGCAGAAGGGGUAUCGAAACCAGGCCCGACACCAAGUAUACGGGUAGAGCGAGGCCGGGACGCUUUUAA